GAUCAGUUUUGCUUGGCUUGCACCUGCGACAAGAUCGAAGCGGGCUCACCUGAGCAGAGCAAAGCCGCCUCGCGUCGGCUCGGCACUCCGAGGAGUCCGCUUUGCCGGUUCCCCUGCCCGUGGACACUUUUAAGGAACACUUUUUUGAUGAAGAACUUUGUACGCGGAUAAUUCAUUAACCUGCCUAACUUUUUAACUGCUACUUACCGGAGUGCUGGCACGAGGAGCAACUGGCAAGUCGUGAGUAAUCAAGCCUAGAUAACGUCAAGAGGGAUCCAAAGAUCACACUUCCGGUGUGUUUUUGUUUUUAUUUUUUUAAAUUAGUUUAUUUAUGAUAUCUGAAGAGGAAUAUUAAGCAUGCUCGGGGCGGAGAGCAGACUGGAAAGCCGGCUCAAUAAGCUGGAGGUCCUCAUGAGGAACCCGGAGUCGAUGCUAAACUUGGAAACACUGCUGGAUUCCAUAAAUGCCUUGGCUCAUGAUUUGGACUAUCCUGCUCUGCGGAAGAACAAGAACAUCGAAACAUUUCUCAACCGAUAUGAAAAGGCGGUGAGCCAGCUGCGCGAGCUGCAGGUCAAGCUCGAAGACUUCGAGAAGGUGAAGGUGAUCGGAAGAGGCGCUUAUGGAGAAGUGCAGCUGGUGCGACACAAGGCCUCUCGGAAGGUUUAUGCCAUGAAGAAGCUAAACAAGUUCGAGAUGAUCAAGCGCUCCGACUCGGCUUUCUUCUGGGAGGAGAGGCACAUCAUGGCCUUCUCCAACAGCCCCUGGGUCAUCCAGUUGUGCUGCGCCUUCCAAGAUGACCGCCACCUCUACAUGGUGAUGGAGUUCAUGCCGGGCGGCGACGUGGUCACACUCAUCUUUAACUACGACAUCCCAGAGAAGUGGGCUCGCUUCUACACGGCCGAGGUGGUGCUGGCCUUGGACGCCAUCCACUCCAUGGGCUUCAUCCACCGCGAUGUCAAACCCGACAACCUGCUGCUCGACCACCACGGGCACCUUAAACUGGCCGACUUUGGCACGUGCAUGAAGAUGGACUCUACAGGCAUGGUGCGCUGUGACACUGCCGUAGGAACACCUGACUACAUCUCCCCUGAGGUGCUUCAGUCUCAGGGAGGAAUGGGUCACUAUGGGCGGGAGUGCGACUGGUGGUCUGUCGGGGUCGUUAUGUACGAGCUGUUAGUGGGUGAAACACCUUUCUAUGCUGAAUCCCUUGUGGGAACCUACGGAAAGAUCAUGAACCACAAGAAUUCCCUCAUCUUCCCGGAUGAUGUUGAGAUGUCCCAGGAGGCCAAAGACCUCAUCUGUGCCUUUCUAACUGACAGGGAGGUUCGUCUAGGCCGCACCGGAGUGGAGGAGAUCAAAAGCCAUCCUUUCUUCAAAAGCGACCAGUGGACCUUUGACAACAUCCGAGAGACUGUGCCUCCCGUCGUACCUGAACUGAACAGCGACAUUGACACCAGAAACUUUGAUGACAUCGAGGAUGAUAAAGGAGCCGUUGAGACCUUCCCACCACCCAAAGCCUUUGUGGGCAACCAGCUUCCAUUUGUCGGCUUCACCUACUUUAAGGAAGACCAGCUGCUGAAGCCAAAGGAAAACAGCCCAGAGGAAGAUUCUGAGAACGAAAAGGAAAAAUUAGAGGAAAGGCAACAGCGCUCUGACAACAAGAAAGAACAACUGCAGAAAAAACUGAAUGAACUGGAGGAGCAGCUCGACCAUGAAAUGCAGGCAAAAGACGAGCUGGAGCACAAGUUCCGAAAUGCCUCUAACCGCUUAGACAAGUUGGUCAAGGAUUUAGACAAGGAGAUGAAUAGCAGACAGCGUAUGGAGGCCUCGCUGAGGCAGAUGGAGCGCGAGCGAGCGUUGCUGCAGCUCCAGAGUACCGAGAACCAGCGCAAAGUAGAGAUUGAGACGGACAGGAAGCGUGGCUUGGAGAAUGAAUUGAACAACUUGAGGGACCAGUUAGAAGAUCUGAAGAAGAGGAACCACAAUUCACAGAUUUCCAAUGAAAAGAACAUCCAGCUGCAGAAACAACUCGAGGAGGCGGCCGAGACACUUCAGGUGGAGCAGGAGGCUGCCACGAGGCUAAAGAAGAGCCAGGCGGAGAUGCAGAAACAGGCCCAGAGCCUGGAGUUGAGCCUCAGGGAGGUGCAGGAGAAGUGCAAGCAGCUGGAGGAGGGCAAGAUGGAGUUGGAGAGGCAUUUGACGACACUGCGGGCUGAGUUGGAGGCGGAGAGGAGGGAGCGCAUUAUCAAGACGGACGUUAUCGCCGACUUACAGGGACAUACAACUAGCCUGGAAGAGGAGGUGAAAGACGUGAAGUCAUGUCUCUCCAUCGCCGAGACCAAAAAGAGCCAACUGCAGGAGAGGCUCAAUAACCUUGAGAAGGAAAAGAGCAACCAAGAGAUCGAGUUGACGUUCAAGUUGAAGUCGCUCCAGCACAGUCUGGAGCAGGAGGAGGCCGAACACAAAGCUGCCAAGGCCAAGCUGGCGGAUGAAAACCAAAUUUACCAGUCCAUUGAGGUGGCAAAAUCUGCGGCUCUAAAAGAGAUGGAGCACACCCUUCAGGAGGAGCGCAUUCUGAAGCAGCAGGUGGAAGCCAAGCUGCUGCAGCUGAAGAAAGAUCACUCCAUGCUGGACUGCGAUUACAAACAGGCUCAACACAAACUGGACGAGCUGCACACGCAAAAGGAGAAAGUUUCUGAAGAGGUAAAGAACCUGAGCCUACGUGUGGAGCAGGAGGUCCACAAGCGCAGUCUUGCCCAGAGUGACCUGAAGAUGGAGAAACAGCAGGUGACCGUCCUGCACACCUCAGAAAAGCAGCUCAAACAGGAGCUCAACCAACUGCUGGAGAUUAAACAGGUCCUUGAUAAACAGAACCAGGAGAUGCGCAGGGAGAAGCAGGAGUCGGAAAGCCUGCUGAAAGAUUUAAAGGACCAGCUGGAGGCGGAGCAAUUCUUCACGACCCUUUACAAGACGCAGAUCCGUGAGUUGAAGGAGGAGUGUGAUGAGAGGAACACCAUGUAUAAAGAGGCUCAACAACGUCUGGAAGAGUACCAGGAGGACAGGGAAUCACUCGCUUCCCAGCUGGAAGUCAGCCUGACCAAAGCAGACUCGGAGCAGUUGGCACGCUCCAUCGUCGAGGAGCAGUAUUCUGAUCUGGAGAAGGAGAAGAUCAUGAAGGAGCUGGAGAUCAAAGACAUAAUGGCGAGACACAAACAGGAGCUCAACGACAAGGAGGCCACCAUCAGCUCGCUGGAGGAGUCCAAUCGCACCCUGACUGUGGAUGUGGCCAACCUAGCCAGCGAGAAGGAGGAACUCAACAACCAGAUGAAAGAACUGCAGCAACAGCUCAAGGAAGGAAAGGAUGAGGAACAGAACAUGAGCUCUCUCAUAGUGAUCUUUGAAAAGCAGUUGCAGACUGAAAGGACACUAAAAAUUCAGGCCGUCAACAAGCUCGCCGAGGUGAUGAACCGGAGGGAGCCCACGAGGGGAGGCCACCGAGGCAUCGACACGGAGGUGCACAGGAAGGAGAAGGAGAACAGGAAGCUGCAGCUGGAGCUGAGGUCCGAGAAGGACAAACUCAACAGCAUCAUCAUCAAAUACCAGCGAGAGCUGUCGGAAAUGCAGGCGCUCAUUGCAGAAGAGAACCAAGUGCGUCAGGAGCUUCAAAUGACAUUGGCCAGCAAGGACAGCGAUAUCGAGCAACUGCGUUGCCAGCUCACCUCCCUCAGCGUUCACUCUCUGGACUCCACCAGCAUCAGCAGCGGCAACGACCUGGACGUGGGCGAAGGCUACCCAGUGCGCAUUACACACUCACACACCUCCGAAUCAAUGUCCUUCACCUACCAGCGUACACACAAAUCAGUGCGCAUCGACACCCGGCCCGAGCUCUGUUCGGCCCGCUCUCUCUUUGACUCUGACUCUGAGGAUGAAGAAAAAGAAGAAAGUGAGGAGGAGCAGGGUCAGCGCCCACUGGCUCUCACCUACCAACAGCCUGAGCCUGACCUUGGAGACUCCAGACUUGAGGGCUGGCUUUCACUCCCUACCAAGCACACAAAACGGUUUGGCUGGGACAAAAAGUUUGUGGUGGUUAGCAGUAAAAAGAUUCUGUUCUACAACAGCGAGCUGGACCGAGAACAGGCCAACCCUUUCAUGAUCCUGGACAUAGACAAGCUCUUUCAUGUCCGACCUGUCACUCAGACUGAUGUGUACCGUGCAGAAGCCGUAGAAAUUCCCCGGAUAUUUCAGAUCCUGUACGCCAACGAGGGCGAGAGCAAACGUGAUCAGGAGGUCGUCAUGGAGAACACGCCCUUCGGCGAGCGCCCCUCCCACAUCAACCACAAGGGCCACGAGUUUAUCCUCACCCUCUAUCACUUUCCGUCCAGCUGCGAGGCGUGCACUCGGCCGCUGUGGCACGUGUUUAAGCCGCCGCCGGCCCUCGAGUGCCGCCGCUGCCACACCAAGUGCCACAAAGACCACCUGGACAGGAAGGAGGAGGUCAUUGUGCCCUGCAAGGUAAACUAUGACAUGUCCACCGCCAAAGAGCUGCUUUUGCUGAGCGGCAGCCGGGAGGAGCAGCAGCGAUGGGUCAGCCACCUCCUCAAGCGUGUCCCCAGGAAGCACCCGCAGCCCGCCGCCCCGGCCCACCUACCCGAGACACCGGCGCGAUCCUCCCCCCGCGUUUCGCCGCGCCCGUCACCCAAGGGUUCACCGCAGAUUUCACCGCACCGUGGGGCCAUGAGAGUGUCGUCCAACAGACAGCAGCAGCCGUCCGGGAAGGCCAGGUUGCUUGAUUUUGGCCUGAAAGACUGGAGGUGGUCGUUGGACGACACCGACAGUGAUGAUGAUAUGUUCUUCUGAAAGAAGUGACAAAGGGGGGAAGGAGGUUAACCCUGGCUCAGCAAAGGGAAUCUUCCUUGCGGCUGAUUGACAGCAGUGUGCCAACAUGUGAUACUUUUCAGGAAAGCGGAAAACUUUAACUCAGAACUUUUUUAAUAACAGGAACAAUAGUGCAAUCUUUUUCAUUAUACCAAGUUGUCAAAUUGAAAUUAGGAACCAAAAAAAUGGACUUUCACAAUUGUGUUUGAAGUGCAAGGUGUGUGAGCAUUGUGUAUAUAUAAAGUUGAGUUUUGUGUGGCAUAUCUUAGAGGGUUUAGCACGUGGAUUAUUUUUCUGUUUUUUUUUUUCUUUUUUUUUUUUAUAGCAUAUAAUAUUACACAUCAGCACAGGCCUGCCUGGAAAUAGUUUACAGAACAAAAUUGCACGUUGUCUUUGGGUCACAAGAUUAGUUUUGACACAUUGGACAGUUGUCUUAUUGAAUGGAAACGCAAACAAUCUUCUUUUAUUCAACGGUCAAAUAAAAUUACACAUCCAUCCA